UUUAAAAACAGUGAUCUCUACUUAGCUUGUAAAUGCGCAUCGCCCUCUUUCUCACUCAUAUAUUCUCUCUCUCUCUCUCUCUCUCUCUGACACACACACACAUACACGCUCCUGGAUUUGCAGAAGACAGACAUCUAAGGGCACUUCUUGGCAUCCACAGGAAAAUCAUAUGGGAUUAGAACCCCCCAGCAGAACUGCUGAAAGCUGCCUCUCAAGGAUUACAAGUUCACCUUUUGCAUUUACGGCUGCUUGUUUACUAUCCAUGUGGUAACCUCUGGACAGGCAGUAAUCCAUUCAUUAUCCCACUGAUUGAGUGCGGGAGCAGCGCAGUGCUAACUACUUCACUCAGCUGACGGCAGACAACAGAAGGAGGAAAAUGAUGAAUUCGGACAAUUUAACCUCCCAAAGCUUCCUCUCUGCGAUUCACAGCAACACCAGCAAUUUAUUCUCAGGGCUCCAGUUUGUUCAGUCCUUCAAGCCACUCAUCAUCCCCUGCUACUCGCUGGUGGUUUUUAUUGGUGUCAUUGGGAAUUACCUUCUCAUUUAUGUCAUCUGCAAGACAAAAAAAAUGCACAAUGUCACCAACUUUCUGGUAGGCAAUCUGGCUUUCUCAGACAUGCUCAUGUGUGCAACCUGUGUGCCCCUGACCCUGGCCUAUGCCUUUGAGCCCCGGGGAUGGGUUUACGGGCGCUUCAUGUGCUACUUUGUUUUCCUGAUGCAACCUGUCACCGUGUUUGUGUCUGUCUUCACCCUGACUGUCAUAGCUGUGGACAGGUACUGUGCCACGGUGUACCCAUUCCGCAGGAGGCUCACCAUCCCUAUCUGUGCUUACAUCCUGGCUGCUAUUUGGCUGCUGAGCUGCACUUUGGCUGCCCCAGCCUUGGUCCACACCUACCAUGCAGAGUUUCCAGAGCUGGACUUCUCCAUCUGCGAGGAGUUUUGGUUCCACAUGAAACGAGAUCGCUUGGCUUACGCCUACAGCACCCUCAUCAUCACCUAUGUAUUGCCUUUGGCUGUCAUCUCCCUGUCCUACCUGAGGAUCUCAGUCAAGCUGAAGAACCGUGUAGUCCCAGGCAAUGUCACCCAGGGCCAAGCUGAGUGGGACCGUGCCAGGAGGAGAAAGACUUUUCGCUUGCUGGUCUUAGUGGUGGCAGCCUUUGGAGUCUGCUGGCUGCCCCUGCACAUCUUCAACAUGAUAAAGGACAUCGACAUCAGCUUGAUUGACAAGCAGUACUUCAACUUCAUCCAGCUCCUGUGCCACUGGUUUGCAAUGAUGUCUGCUUGUACCAAUGCCUUUCUCUAUGCCUGGCUCCAUGACAGCUUCAGGGGAGAGCUGAAAAAAAUGUUUGCCUGGAGGAAGAAGAAAAUUGGACCCGCUACAAACUGCAUUAUGGCCAGUGUGGUGCUGUAAAUGAGAGCUGGUGGGAGUGCACCUCCUUUGUACAUUAACAUUGGAAUAUCCAGAAGGAGAUGAUGGCAAAAAUCUCUACACCUACAUUUCCUACAAUUUCUACAUUUCCAUGAGGCACUGGAGACAAGCAGCAGCAGCAAGAGGACUGCAAAGAGAAGCUUGUGGCUUUCCAGCAUGGACAUGGGAUCUGCCUCUCCUGCUGAGCACAGCUUUGGGUUUCCAGAUAACGUUCUGGAAAGGCAGCUUGUGGCUCACAGCAGCAGGAGUGGUUUUAAUGCUGUGGUUUGUGAGAAGCUGGUGCUGGGUGUGGGGCUGAGGAUCACUCAGUACAGCUCAGGUUCUCCCCAGCAGCAUCCCCAGAAAGGUGACGUGCUCAGCCAGAGGCAGCUCUGCUCUGGGGAGGUUGAGAGCUCCAGGUGUUGUUCUCUUUCCAGAGCUUCCCAGCCACAGGGAGAUGGGUUUGUUUACUCCAUCACACCCACAAGACAGGAGAAAAUGUGAGACCAAAUGACAUGGAGCACUGUCCCAGGCUGCCACCUCCCACAGCUUGAGUUUGUGACCUGCUGUGUUUGGGAGUGGGAAGGAGAAGCAACAGACUGUGCUGUGAACCAACUUCAUCUUGGGCUCAUGGAGGCAGAGCAAGAAAGGAAGAAAAAACAUUUCUGAACUUCAAGCUAACAAAAACCAGCCAAAGGGUAAAUCUGUCCUCACCCAGAGGCUGUUCCUGUAUGAAUGUAGGAGCACUCAACCCUUCUUGAGAGCGUGGUCCCUCACUUGUGGUGUGUCAGCUCAGUGAAUUUGCUUUGUGGGAUCUCUCUUCACUUCCCUCAAUCCCUCAGUGCAACAGGGGCAAGCCAGGCAAAGGCAGGAACAUGAAUGUGAUCACAUCUCAUUUCUGUACAGUCCAGAGGCAGAGGAGUUGAGGGCAGAGGCACUUGUGAGAGGGUUUUUUAAAUAAAAAUAAUUGAAAGGUUAGGGAUGGAGUUCCAAGGCAAGUGUUCAACCAACUCACUCCUCAGCAACUGGAGGAAACUCUGGAGGAAGUAAGAUGACAAAAAAUUAAAAUAUCACGUGCUAGAUCUAGCUCUGAGUUAAAUAACCAAUAUAUAAUGCAUACAAAGUAUUUCAAAUCAUUAGCAUGACAAAAUUAUCACUGAGCUUUGGAAUGAUUUCCCCUUGAUUAUUGAAUCAUUUUAAAAUUCAACGUCUGUUCCUAAUAUGCAUAGAUUAAAAAAAUAAAAACAAAUUUGAAACCAUCUGAAGCACUUGACAGCAUAUGGCAGACCUGUUUAAUCUUAACAAGUCAAUAAUAUUAUCAUUGUGAGUCACUUCUUCAUUAAAACAUGUAUUAAUGUCUGUUGUAUAAAAUAAUGUCUCUUUGUAAAAGCUUUUUGUUUUUGUCACUUGUCACAGCUAAGUGCAACUGUCACUUGUCAGAGCUAAUUCUAGAUUGCUUUGAUACUGUCUCCUCUUGGAAAAUUUUCACAGACUGAGGACAGAGGAAAUGCAAAUCAUCACCUGCCAAAGUGUUGACAAUAUCACAAAGUGCAGCGAAGAUUCUGAAGACCUGUGCUUUGCUGUAGUGACAAAAAUAUGGGUUUCUUUGCUUUUAAGGCACUGUGGAAAGCACUGUUCCAAACAGUUCUGACCCCCCAAAUCCUUGUACCAGUGUCUGACAAGAUUUGCAUCAUUUCAUAGUUCUUACCAUUCUUUUUUUAUUGUUAAAUGAAGAAACUGUUCCCAUGAAUCAGUUUGGAAUGGCACCACCCACCUGUAAAUGCUGCCUACGUGUCUGCAAUACCCUAAAAUUUAAGGAUGGGGGAAGGACAUAAAAUAAGUGGGGAUUAAAUGCCAGACUGCCCAGAUCCUGAAAUCAUUGGUUGGAUAAAGGUAUCAGAACAUUGAAAAGUUAUGUUGUAACUAUUGACUGAGAAGACUUACCUUUCCCCCAUAUAUUUUAAGGAAAGGCUCUUAAAUUUCAGGCUAUUAUUUGUCAUGCAGAGACAUCUCCCUUCAGCUCAGUAUGAGGCACCCAAACUCAGAGCUGCAGGAUUUGAAGCCACAUCUUCCCUUUGCACCCUCAGCAGGGGCUGUGAGUUUGUUCAGGCCAGAUAGGAGUUUAUUCUGCACAUCUGCACUCAACUUAUUGGGUGAAACCCCUCCUGAAGCAUUGUAUAAACAAACACCUUGGGGUGCUGUCUAUGCUCCCCUGUAUUCACCCACACUUACAAAGUUUAAAUCUGAUUUGUAGGUUUAGUUCAGUUCUGCUUUCCAGAAGUGGCCCAGUAACCAACAUCUCCAGGCUAAAUAUCUUAACCAUACAUGUGAAAUUUAUUAUCUAGCAAAAAACCCAAGCAACUAACCCUAAACCCCCAACCCAUUCCUUCCAUUGCUUCCAUUCCAUUAUUCCAAAGGAAUAACAGAUCCAUAUAAAAUUAAAUAAUUCUUAAAAUACCUUGAUUCCUGGGAAUUAGGUCACUUUUAAGAGAAGAUGUUCUAAUUUUUGUUCAACACUGAAGAAGCUAUAUCCAAGUGGAAUAUUUGGUAGCUUUCUAAACCAUUAUGGGUUUGCUGAAUAAACAGAAAAGCACAAAAGAUUUGAGGGUAAGAAGAAAAUGCACAGGAUUUUUAGUGCUAAUAUCAUUCAGCUGGACAAGCUGAAUCUGCAACAUGGUGUUCAACAAACAGCUUAAUUUACAGUGUUGAAAAUAGAGAUAAUUAAGCAAGCACUUUCUCUUCCAGCUCUCACAUGAGGUAUUUAAAAACAGGGGUGGAGGUGGGUUUGGAGAAAGCUGGAUUGACACAAGAAUAGUUUUAAAAUUUUUAACAGCUGUGAAUGAAAAUUAAAUGAAGAGUGUCAGUACAGCUUUCUAAAGCUGAAGGUAUUUAAGUUCAAAUAUUGAAACUUAAUGAGGUGGAUAAAAGGCAAUGUGGAGCUACACUGAGUUUCACAAUUCAUCUAUUUAAAAAUAGUUACAAAAAUGACAAUCCCCAUAGAUUACUUUAAACUACAUUAGCAUAGGGAAAAUAGAAUACAAGGGAAGUUCCAACCUGUUUCCUGUUAUAUAAUAUUCCCAAGUUUCCUCUUGGGAAUCAGGAAAAUUUUGGUUUUUUUCCCCCUCUAGAUCAGAAGCCCUCAGGAUGCAGCAGCUCCUCUCUCCACACAUUUUGUACAGUUUCUAGUAAGAGGAAUAAGCCAAGAUCUGAGAUAUCUCCUCCAAACUGCUCUGGGAGAUUGGAGUCCAUGUGUCACAAACAAUGAGGCAGAGCACAAAUACAUGUAAUUAUCAUCCUAAUACAGAGCUAAAACUAAACUCUGAAUUGGAGCUAGAAGGAUAAUCAAGCACCAUCUCUCCACAAGAAAAUAAUACCAGUUUCCCUUCAGCAUCCAGCAUUAGUGGCCAGGUCUUGAUUCAUCAAAGUCGUCUUGUAAAUUAUUCCUUGUUUCCCUAAAACCUGCUAGUCAGCUGUCUUCUCACUAAUUCUUUCUUCUUUAGAGAAACAAAACCUGUUUUCCCUACCCCCAGCAACCUUUACAUCACACUUCCCAACAGAGCUCACCCUCUGAUGACCAUGGUGCCUUUCCACACCAUCAGUUGUGCCCCAGCCCAGCAGGCAGAACCUUUGAACACACACAGGACCCCCCUGUCAAACACUGGCAGGGUAGCUGCAGGCUGGGGUGGAUGGCAGUGUUUUAGAGAGGGUUCAGCUUAUUAAACAAGUUUCCCAAGGUUGUGUCAUCAGGAGAUGCAAUUACAUGAAGCCAGGUAGAGCCCACAUAUGCGAGGCAGUGAUUAAAGUAAGUAUCUGAUACUAAUAAAGCAGCCUAUUAAAACAGAGUUAAAAAGGCUUUCCUAAUCUCUUGGGAAAAUAAAUACAGAAAAGAACUAAUGAAAAUUGAUAAAAAAUACUUGUGGGUGAAUGAAGAAUUUGACAUUCUGUUUAAUAUAGACUUCUCAUUUCUCUCAGAGGCCUAAAAUGCUAUCCAGAGUUUGUUAUAUUCUUUCUAAAAAAGUUUCAGAUUUCAUUCCCACAAAUUUAUUAUCCCCUUUUUUGUUCCAAGUGGGUCUCUUGCUCCAACUGUUAUUGCCUCAUCUAUUUCCUCUGGCUCUGGCCAUCUAAAACAGGCAUGUGAGGACCACAUAAGCUUCAGACCAUGUCAUGUGUCCUCUGCCUGCAGUUCUGGAACCUGCCUGAGCAAGGAGACAAAACUGUACUAAUUAUUUUUCUCCCUUCUGAAUGAGGAGGUAUCAAAGCUCAUUCUGUGAAUUCAGAUGGUGUUUAUUGUCUCCUCUCUGUCCAGGCCCAGAGCCCAUUUGUAAAGAGAAAUGAGUUUGUUCUGAGAGCAUCUGCAGUUGAAAAAUCCAUUUGACUUCCGUAUUAUUUUCCUCAUUGACUUCCUCAUCCAUUUCAUCUUCCUCAUUGCCUUAUUUUCUUUCAUUGUUCACAAAGAUUUUGUUCUUUCCCAGAUUUUUCUGGCAGUUGAAGGUAAGUUGAUUAGUCCUUUCCUCCCAUUCUUAGAAACUGAAUAUAUUUACUCCUCUCCAGUUUUCUGAUGCUUAUUUACACCCCAUGACUUUCCCAAGAUAACCCCAAGUGGUUCUGACAUUAAUUCUGUCAUAUUCUUCUGCAGUAUUUUGGGAUGAAACGCAUCAGGUUCAGGCAGUGUGAAACUUUCCAGUUCUUUAAUACCUCCUUGUGCAUUUCCAUGGAGGCAGUUAUGGAAGCAUGAGGACAAUGAAAAAGGGGGCUACAGGCUCAUCAACAAAUGUCAAUUUAAAACAUGAUGUUGGCACUAUUCUGUUUAGCUUGCUUUACUCUGAGAA